UGAGAUCAACUUUCAAAAGAUUAAGUUAGGCCUAAAGGCCAUUUGCAUUUGGAAGGAUGAGAGCUUCCAGAUUGAGAAAUUCUCUGUAUCUUUCUCUCUUAGCUUUCUUCAUCGUGCUGGUAUGCCUCCUUCUAUAUCACUACCCUACAUCACAUCAAAGUAGUCUCAGAAAGAUGGUUCUGUUCAGGCAUUCAUCAACUUAUGACCCAGAGAAUGAAAAAUUAGAGAAUACGCUGAGGAGAGCUACGAUGCCAGACAGAACUGUUAUCCUAACAAUGGUGGAUGAAUCAUUGGCAAGUCCUGGAUCUCUCCUUGACAUUUUACUACAAAGCUUCAAAUCAGGUGAAGGGACUCAAAGGUUAGUGAAUCACUUAGUAAUCAUAGCCAUGGACCCCCAAGCUUUUCAGUACUGCAGGUCCUUGCACCCCUAUUGCAUCCACCCUUCCAUCUUUCCGCGUCAUUUUGCCACAAAAACACAAUCCAUUAUGACAACCUCGGCAGAUAAGUUAUUCACUUGGACAAGAAAGGAUGUCUUGUUUGAAGUGAUUCGAUUGGGUUACAACAUAAUUUUCACGGAUCCAGAUGUGCUGUGGCUUAGAAGUCCAUUGAUAAACUUAAAUCCAAUUGAUGAACUCACAAUUUCAUGUAAUGUGUUAAGUGAUGGAGAAAGUGGAAGUUACCUGUAUGAUGAGGGAAUAUUCUUCUUGAAAGCAAAUACCAUUUCCUUCGAAUUUUUCAACUAUUGGAAAUUGACCAAGAUUCUUUAUCCAAACGAUCCCGUAGAAGAGUCCUUGUGUACAACAAUAAAAGCAAGGCAAGAUGUAGCUGACUCGUAUGGCUUUCGGAUUCAUUUUGUAAAUACAAGCUCUUUUGGUGGGUUUUGUCAGCUAAAAAAGGAUAUGUUCAAGGAGGUUUAUACCAUUCAAGCUAACUGUUGUGACGAUCUAAAAAGCAAAGUUCAUGACCUGAGGAUUGUUCUAGAUGAUUGGAUCCGCUUCAGAAAACGUGCAUCAGGGGACAAUGCUUUGGAUAAAAUGGCUUUGAGGUGGCCGCAGAAGUGCUUCAGAAGAAAUCAUACUUAG